UUUGCAGUACCAGAUCACUGCAGAGAUUGCCAAACUGCAUCAGUUUCUACAUGAAAAAGAACAGCAGUUGAUCCAACAGCUUAGUGAGGAAGCAGAAGACGUUCUAAAAAGAUGGAAGAAAACCUGAAGAAUAUUCAGCAGGAGAGUGACAGUACCCAGUCUGUGAUCAAUGACAUUGAAACUAAACUGAAGCAACAAGACCCUAUAUCUUUGCUGAUGGAACUCAAAAGUCUUUCACAAAAGGCAGACAGCAAAAUUGAAACAGAGGUACAAUGCAAGCCAUUGGUGAACACGCAAGAUCAUGGUGAUAGCAUGAUAAGAGACCUUCUGCAAUAUAAUGUGUGGACAGAAAUGAAGACUGUCCUUAGCCCAGCGCUUCCCUUCCUGACACUGGAUUCAAACACAGCACAUCACAGCCUCAUUUUGUGUGAGAACCUAACCAGCAUGCAAAUUAGUGACUCAAAACAAGCCGUCCCUGACAACCCAGCAAGGUUCAGACGUCGUGUUGCAGUCCUUGGAGCUCAAGGAUUUGAGUCAGGAAAGCACUACUGGGAAGUGAAACUGGGACUGAAUAAGAAAGACUGGGAUGUGGGUAUUGCUACCAAGUCUAUUAACCGGAAAGAACAGACUUCAACAUCUCCAUGGACUGGCUAUUGGGCUCUGGGCCUUAGAAAUGGCAGUGGAUAUCAAGCCCUAGAACCAACACCAAAAGAACUAUGCCUUAGUGAGUGCCUGCAGAAGCUAGGGGUAUACCUGGACUAUGAAGGAGGAAGGGUGUCAUUUUAUAAUGCUGAUAACCUGUCUCAUAUCUACACAUUUACUACCACAUUCACAGAGAAAGUCUACCCCUAUUUCUGCCUUCAGAACGAGGAGAGAGGAAGCCACACUGAGCCAGGGAAGUCAUUCCAUCAGAAACUGAAAUAUACUUUCAAGUCAAAACACAAAAUGAAGCAAAAGAUUAACCAUCCUACUCCAGUGCUAAAAACCUCCAGGCUUAUGAACACCAUUUUCUUUCUUUGACAGAAGCUGGAUAAAGGAAAAAUGAAAAUUACAUUAUAAGGCAAAUGUCCAGCAGAACUAAGUUUUAAACAUAUAAACGUACAAAAAAGCCAUAUCUUAAUAUCUGUCAUUAAUGGCUAAUUCAUUUAAUUUUCAGGAAAAACUGAUGCUGGUUCAGCUCAAGUUACCAGUUCCUUUCUUUUCUGAUGUAUAACAAAUUAUUUGGGCAUUUUAUACUGAUGCACAGAAGUCAAGAGCAGUUCCAGGGCUACAUAACUUUGACAUGCAGAAUAUGUGUACUGAGGAAAUGCAGAGUGAUAAAGGCAUAAAUGAUAUUGUGCAAUCUGCAAAUUUUUGCAUUGUAUUAAAAUAUAUGUGGCUCUUAUGUAAGUGCUUCACAGUAAUACAUGGAAAAUACAGUUCUGCAGAAAUGUGAGUUUCACUGUAAAGGACAGUAAUUUUAUGGUUUUCAUUUUUAU